CGAUGCAUGAUUUCUGUGAUUCUGUCAACAAACGAUCGCAAUACACGCUACCCUGACGAUAUCCGUGUUGAACAUGAUUGAGCUAUCUCAUGCUCCCCGUCCAGCAUCGCAAGACGGUUUGUACUCAGAAAGGCUAGAGGCUUUCAUGAAGCGCUCUCUGGCUGAGAUCAAAGCUUUCUCUGAGCGCGAGCAACGUCCGUACGAAGAAAUACGGCGUCAAGUAGCCACUUGGCAUUGCUCGUAUCUCUUCGAUCCCCCGGAUCCGGAUGCGACAGAUUUCGACGAUAGACAUGCUCAAGUUACGGAAACACUUACGAGUAUCUCGCGAAUGCUGGAGGCUCUUCACGAAGUGGCAUCUGUGCAUUCCUUCAUGCUAUCCGUGGACCCUCUGUGCAAACAUGACGAGGGUUUUCUUGGGGGUACCAUCCUGGGUAGGGAGUUCUGGCGAGGAUUGAGGGGAGGCGGCGUCAGUGGGGCUCGUGCCUUCAAGGCCGAGGCUAUUAAAGAGAGAUCAUUGGCUACAGCGUCCAUUGGCGGGUCUAUGGAGGCUCCUUACCGUCCUUCAUCGGUGCCUUCCUCAAAUUUGGCCUCAGGGAGCUCGAAUGCCAAGAAGGGGCCCGCAAGCGCUCUGAAGAGCGAGGUUUAUGCCGCCGUCCGCAAUGCGUUGAGGGAGGCAAGUGGCGUGCGCUCUGCAGAAAUGAAAUGGACGAAUCACGACAAGCUCGCGUCGUAUGGGAUCCAGAUAGUCGGAUGGCCACCAAAUAUACCCUCGCAAAAUCCUUCGACACUGUCCGUCGCUCAGAAUCAGCGUAUACUAGACGCCGUGAAUCAAGGUGUUUUAAGGUUCGAGUCGCUUGCUGGCCCGUCAAAUGCGGAAGCCUCCGAUGGCCGCGACCAACGACCCAUGGAUAACCAGACGAUAGCCGCAGAAACCGGGGACGUAUCCGCUUGGUUAGUCUCACCCGAUGGCGACGACAACGAUGCUGUGACGGACGACGCACCGGAUGCCUCAUCAAGGGACUUGAGAGGCUCCGCCUUGCCUCAAUGCGGCGUCGGGAAUGGUCCUUCUCGUAAGAGGCCGAGAGAACACCCUUGA